AUGACCUUCAGUAAAUUAGAAUAUCCGAUCAAAGGAAUCUUUUACUUUCUUUCCCAUUGGUCGUUAGUUAGAGAAGUUUUACUGGUUAUAUUACUAACUGUUGUCGUAUCCAUUUUCAUAAUAUCAUUAACGUUUGUAGUAUUAUUGGGUUUACAAGCUGGUUUAUUCACUUUACUAUUUAUUCCACCUCCGUUCUCAUUUAUUCUUGCGUUUAUUCUUUGUAUAAUUGAAUCUGUGGUUUUCAUUUUCAUAUUUUAUCUUGUCGCCACUCCACAAUGGCAAGAUGAAUUAUUUGAUAAUGUUUUGAGGUUAAAAGGAUUAGGUUCUGUGUUAGAUAAACCGAGGCAUACUGAUAGAUUCGUUUUAUUAUUUCGUGGCAUUGGAUUUGGAAUUGAAUUGACAUUUUUUCAGGUACUCACUCUUAUCAUCACCAUACCAAUUAAUGCUAUUCCAGUUGCCGGAACGGUUUUAUAUUGCAUCAUUAACGGAUGGCAAUUUACAUGGGGUCACCAAAUUCAUUAUCACAUGCUGGUUAGAGAAUACACCGUAAAACAAUCUAGGGAAUUUGCUUGGAAAGAUCGUUAUGACUAUAUAGCAUUUGGUUCGGUUGGAAUGGCUCUCCAAUUGAUCCCUGUGGCAAAUUUCAUCUUCUUUUGGACUACUAUCGUUGGUGCUGCCCUAUGGACUGCAGAUGUUCUCAUUGAAGAACAAAAGGCUGCAGCUGAUGAAGAGGAGCAAAACAUUACCGUUGAGGCUGUCGGAACUUCCUCCCAAAGCACUCCGGCAGUUGAUGAGUCUACCGCUGUUACUGUCACCGCCACCAACGUUAAUAAUUAUGGUGCUACUACUAUUAGCACUAAAUAG